AUGCCGGUCGACAGCUUCGAUUUUCGGAAGUUGUCGGAGACACAACGGACGGCCGUCUACCACCAUCUUCGGUUCUCGGAAAAGCUCGAGCUGCGACGAGUUGCGAAGGUCUUCAUGGAAAGACCAGCGCAUCGCCUUCUGUUUGCCACACGAUUUGAUGGCGUCGCGGUCUUCUGUCCUUGUGAAGCAGCGGAUCGUCGUGGUACCGAGAUCAGGGUUGUCGCAUCGCGCGUGGGCCGUACCACCUUUAUGAUCAAACUCGGGAAUCCGGUGCUACCCAUGGAAAUGCAAUAUUAUGAUUAUAGUGAGGUCGCGCAAGCUCCCAGCGUUUUGAAGACAAUCGACUCCAAAAAGAAGCAGCACAAAUUUGUCAACCGGCUGACCGCUUCGAUCCCACCACAUAGCGUCUACUUUUGGCAUCAUGAAUGCGGAUAUGCUGGUGGCUGCGUACGUCCGUAUAUCGACGUGUUGCGCUGGUCGAUUAAGGCGGAACACACCCGCUGGACGGUCGAGGGUUUGCCGGAAGUGCUGCAACAGGAGCGGGAGACGCUGCGAAGGCAAAAUUCUUGCGUAGUGAGCGAGCUCGGGCUUCGAUGCUUUACGCAAGAAAUUCUAUCUUUGGUGGUUCAGGGAUCGAGCUCGACGAGGAUGACGAUGAAUAUCGUGGAUCUGGCUGGGACGAUAGCUGUCGCGCGUCGGCUUCUAGCG